GCGCGUUGGAUCACAUCGAGGCCCCGCCCCCUGAAGCUCCGGUGAAGGCGCGAGGGGGCCUGAGUACAGAGAGCGGCGGGACGACGAACGAGUCGGGAUGGCCACCGGCUGGGGGAGCCUCUUGCAGGAUGAACAGCAGCUGGAGGAGCUAGCAAGGCAGGCUGUGGACCGGGCCCUGGCGGAGGGAGUGUUGCUGAGGACCUCACAAGAGCCCAGCUCCUCGGAUGUCAGCUUCAUUCUGAUGCAUAGGAUUCCAAGUGUGAAUGGAUCACAGUUUAGCUUUCCUCUACUGAUGGCUAUUCUGGUGGUGAGCUACGCCCCAUUCACACUCUUCCCCUCACUGGUCCCGAGUGCCUUGCUGGAGCAGGCCUAUGCUGUACAAAUGGACUUCAACCUGCUGGUGGAUGCUGUCAGCCAGAACGCUGCCUUUCUGGAGCAAACUCUCUCCAGCACCAUCAAAAGGGACAACUUUACUGCUCAUCUCUUUGACAUCCACAAGCAAGUCCUGAAAGAGGGCAUUGCCCAGACGGUGUUCCUGGGCCUGAAUCGCUCAGACUACAUGUUCCAGCACAACGCAGAUGGCUCUGCAGCCCUGAAACAGAUUGAAAUCAACACCAUCUCUGCCAGCUUUGGGGGCCUAGCCUCCCGGACCCCUGCUGUGCAUCGACAUGUUCUCAAUGUCCUGGGUAAGACCAAAGAAGCUGCCAAGAUCCUCUCCAAUAAUCCCAGCAAGGGAUUGGCCAUGGGGAUUGCCAAAGCCUGGGAACUCUACGGCUCAGCCAACGCUCGGGUGCUACUGAUUGCCCAAGAGAAGGAAAGGAAUAUAUUUGACCAGCGUGCCAUAGAGAAUGAGCUACUGGCCAGGAAUAUCCAUGUAAUCCGGCGAAAGUUUGAAGAUGUCUCUGAAAAGGGGUCUCUAGACCAGGACCGAAGACUGUUUAUGGACGACCAGGAAGUUGCUGUGGUUUACUUCCGGGAUGGCUACAUGCCAAGUCAUUACAGUCCACAGAACUGGGGAGCACGGCUGCUGCUGGAGAGGUCAUGUGCUGUGAAGUGCCCGGACAUUGCCACGCAGCUGGCUGGGACUAAGAAGGUGCAACAGGAGCUGAGCAGAUCAGGCAUGCUGGAGGUGUUGCUCCCCGGCCAGCCUGAGGCCGUGGCCCGCCUCCGUGCCACCUUUGCUGGCCUCUACUCACUGGACAUGGGUGAAGAAGGGGACCAGGCUAUCACUGAGGCCAUUGCUGCCCCUAGCUGCUUCGUGCUAAAGCCCCAGAGAGAGGGUGGAGGUAACAACCUAUACGGGGAGGAGAUGGUACAGGCCCUGGAGCGGCUGAAGGACAGUGAGGAGAGAGCCUCCUACAUCCUCAUGGAGAAGAUAGAACCUGAACCUUUUGGGAAUUGUCUACUACGACCUGGCAGCCCUGCCCAAGUGGUCCAAUGCAUUUCAGAGCUGGGCAUCUUCGGGGUCUAUGUCAGAGAAUCCCAACAAAAACAUGGUGUUAUCCCAAGAAGUCAGAAUCCUGGAAUGGCUGGUGGAUACAGCCCCAGCCCGGCCCCCGCCGCCCCACUUCCGGCAGGCGCUGCGCUGCUGGGGGCGCGGGCGAGGAUGGCGGCAGAGAACGAGGCCAGUCAGGAGAGCGCCCUGGGCGCCUACUCGCCGGUGGACUACAUGAGCAUCACCAGCUUCCCGAGGCUGCCGGAGGACGAGCCGGCGCCCGCGGCCCCUCUGAGGAGCCGCAAGGACGAGGACGCCUUCCUGGGAGACCCAGAUACCGACCCGGACUCCUUCCUGAAGUCAGCGCGGCUGCAGCGGCUGCCGUCGUCGUCGUCGGAGAUGGGCAGCCAGGACGGGUCGCCGUUGCGGGAGACGCGCAAAGACCCGUUCUCCGCGGCAGCGUCCGAGUGCUCCUGCCGCCAGGACGGGCUCACGGUCAUCGUCACAGCCUGCCUCACCUUUGCCACCGGUGUCACUGUGGCGCUCAUCAUGCAGAUCUACUUCGGGGACCCCCAGAUCUUUCACCAGGGCGCUGUGGUGACUGAUGCCGCCCACUGCACAUCGCUGGGCAUAGAGGUGCUCAGUAAACAGGGAUCUUCCGUGGAUGCAGCUGUGGCAGCAGCCCUGUGUUUGGGGAUCGUGGCUCCUCACAGUUCUGGCCUGGGCGGUGGGGGUGUGAUGCUGGUACAUGACAUCCGACGGAAUAAGAGCCACCUAAUUGAUUUCCGAGAGUCUGCCCCAGGGGCUCUCAGAGAAGAGGCCCUGCAGAGAUCCUGGGAGACCAAGCCCCCAUCCCUGGCUUGGGGCUCUGAGGAAUUCAGCCCAGCGCCCCCCCUUCCAGUGACCUGGUCUCCUCUCUCCCUCACCUGCCCGCCUUGCCCAGCCUGGGCUCUUGGUGGGGGUUCCCGGAAUGGUGAAGGGGCUACACGAAGCUCACCAGCUCUAUGGCAGGACCCUUCUUCCUCCCCCCAGGACCUCCUCCACCCCCUGCUCUCCGGCUCCCCCAGGCUGCCAUGGUCCCAAGUCCUCGCCUUCGCAGCAGCUGUGGCCCAAGAUGGCUUCAACAUGACCCAUGAUCUAGCCCAAGCCCUGGCUGAACAGCCGCCACCCAAUGCGUCUGAGCGCUUCCGUGAGACGUUCCUGCCCUCGGGUCACCCGCCACUACCUGGCUCACUGCUGCGACGGCCUGACCUGGCGGCGGUGCUGGAUGUGCUUGGCACCUAUGGCCCCGCUGCCUUCUAUGCCGGUGGCAACCUCACACUGGAGAUGGUGGCAGAGGCUCAGCAUGCAGGGGGUGUCAUAACUGAGGAGGACUUCAGCAACUACAGUGCCCUCUUGGAGAAGCCUGUGUGUGGCGUGUACAGAGGCCACCUGGUUCUCAGUCCCCGACCCCCACACACAGGCCCUGCCCUCAUCAGUGCUCUCAACAUCCUCGAGGGCUUCAACCUCACCAGCCUGGUAUCCCGGGAACAGGCUCUUCACUGGGUGGCAGAGACCCUGAAGAUCGCAUUAGCUCUGGCCAGCAGACUGGGAGAUCCCGUCUACGAUUCUACCAUCACUGAGAGCAUGGAUGACAUGCUCAGCAAAGUGGAGGCUGCCUACUUCCGGGGCCAGAUCAAUGACUCCCAGACAGCCCCUGUCCCGCUCCUGCCCAUCUAUGAGCUAAAUGGGGCUCCCACGGCUGCCCAGGUGCUGAUCAUGGGCCCUGACGACUUCAUUGUAGCCAUGGUCAGCUCCCUGAACCGGCCCUUUGGCAGCGGCCUCAUCACCCCCUCGGGGAUCCUGCUCAACAGCCAGAUGCUGGACUUCUCUUGGCCUAACAGGACUGCUAACCACCCUGCGCCCAGCCUGGAGAACUCGGUGCAGCCAGGGAAGCGGCCACUGUCUUUCCUGCUGCCCACUGUGGUCCGGCCAGCAGAAGGACUCUGUGGGACCUACCUUGCUCUGGGGGCCAAUGGAGCUGCCCGGGGCCUCAGCGGCCUGACCCAGGUCCUGCUGAAUGUCCUGACUUUGAACCGGAACCUGAGUGACAGCCUGGCCCGUGGCCGCCUGCACCCCGACCUGCAGACCAACCUCCUGCAGGUGGACAGUGAGUUCACAGAGGAAGAGAUUGAGUUCCUGGAAGCCAGGGGUCACCACGUGGAGAAGGUAGAUGUCUUGUCCUGGGUCCAUGGCAGCCGGAGAACCAAUAACUUCAUCAUCGGUGUGAAGGACCCUCGGAGCCCAGAUGCAGCCGGAGCUACCAUCCUGUAGAGCAGCAGGGUGGGGCGGGGGUCUCUUCUCCCCGCCUUUGCAUGUUCCUAGAGUCCCUCCUUCUCCCAGGUUUGGUCUCAGAGGGACCCCAGGGAUGCCCCAGAUCAGGGGCCAGAGGGGAUGCUUAGCAAACCCUAUCUCAGAGUAACUGGAAAAUUCUCCAUCUGGAGGCCUGUGGUGGUGGCAGUGGUGGUGAGUCAGUGUCCACGACCAGGCAGGCAGGACCUUGAGGAGUCAGACUAUCUGUCUGUCUGUCUCCUUUCCCUUAGCCAUGCAGGCUCUGAGCUUAGGGCUGUGCUUGCAAACCCUUCUCAAGGGUCCUCGCCACCCCAGCAUCUUCAGUUGGGCCUGACCUGGGCUUGUUUUCCAGCUCCCUUCUCCUGUCCCCAGUCUCAUUUCUUAAAUGACUAGGAUUUUUUUUAAUGGACCAUCCUACGGAGGGGGCGCUCCUCUCCUCCUCCCAUCAGGUUGAUUUGGGGGCCUUUCAUCUGGGGUGGGCCCAAGGU